AUGAUUCGUUCUUGGCUUGUGCACUCUUGCAUUACGUCCAUUUCGAAUAGUAUUCUUUGGAUUGAUACAACCCGUGACGUUUGGGUUGAUCUCCAUGAAAGAUUCUCCAAGAAAAAUGCUUCUCGCAUCUUCGAGAUUCAAGGUCUGGAUUCCAUCUCAACUUACUACACUAUUAGCAAAGCUUACCGUGAUGAGUUAUCUUCCUAUCGGACGCUGCCCUCUUGCCAAUUUGGUGCCAUGACAACUCUCACUGCUCUACUUGAGACCUACGCCCUUGUGGAUUUUCUCCAAGGCCUCUAUGAUUCUUAUGUUGCGGUGUCUCCAGAGCUCAAUGCCGAACUAAGGAGGAUGCAUCAGAGCCUAUUAGAGGUUGUGGUUGAGAAGGAAAGGGAGAACGACGCUCUGAAGAGACAAGUUAGCUCUUACCGAUGGGAUAUUGCCCAUUUAUGGAGGGAUUCUAGCAGUCCUGGUGUCACUAUGCUUGUGUUCAAGUUCCAUUUCCUUAAUGUCUCAUCCAAGGAGCUCAUGACUUAUUCUGCAGUUAUCACAAGCAAAGAGAAGAUGUGA